UCUGGGAUAUCUUUAGCAUUUUCAAUCUCGAGAAUCGCAUCUUUUGAAUUGCCAUUCCGCUUUUUCAUAUACCAUGCACUGCGUUACCAGACUGUAUUAUUCCUACCACACUCAGCCUCCAACUUCAAUAAUAUAAUAUCGUUUCAUAUUGGGCCUUCCCAUUGUUUCAUAUUGGACAUCGCGUCUCUUUGUUUAGCUUUCAGCCUAGUGUAGCAGUGUCAAAUAAGAGCCCAGCCCAAUAUACAUCAGUCAAAUGCAGAUUUCGUCUUCACCAUUGUGGAAAGUAAAAAGUGACACAGCUUCAGCAGUUGGAGCUGCAUGCUCAUCAUUUCUUCAAUCUGUGAUGCUCCCAUUAUCUUUGUCCAUGCAGAGAGAUUGUUAGCUGCGAAAAAAGCCUAGCUCGAGUCAUGGACAACAAGAUGAAUGACCCAUCUUUUAGAGAACCGUCCAAAGAAUCAUUCAGCAAUCAGCAUUUCUUGGUAAACUUCAUCAUGAGCAAUUAUUUGGGUCCUGAUGUAUUCUCCGAUUACCCAAGACGCUCUGCGUUUCAAAGAUUAGCUGCAAGAUUGCCACCUUACACUUUAAACCAUCUGGGGAAUUCAUUUCUCAGUUUUUGCCAAUUGGAAAGCAUUUAUUAUUAUGUCCUCAGAAAUGCCCAUCCCAGCCUAGUUUGGGAACCGACCAUGCUUUACAUGUAUCUAAAAGGCAACCUAUGUUUGCCAAGCUCAGGGCCAUUGGAGGACCCUAGACAGUUCACAAGGUUUUUCCCUUUGAAUUUUCAUGGUCAUAAGAGAUACGCAGAAAACCAUGAGGUUGUCAAGGGAAUUGUGCUUAUUGAGGACCCCGACACAUCUUACAUAAAGGAGGAGGACCUAGAAAGGUUCAAAUGCUUAUCUGGUCUUGGAGACUUGAGAAUUGAUGUAAAGAAAUGCCUCAAUUAUCGACAUGAUCCUCAAAAGAGUGGGGAAGAAACUGAGCCAAUGCACAGGACAAACAGGGAAAAGGAUGUUGAUGAAGUUAAGAGCGGGGAAGAAACAGAGCCAAUGUGCGUGACAAACAGGGAGAAGGAUCUUGCUGAAGUUAAGUCUGAAAGAAUUGAACGGUCGCCGACAAUGUUCCAAAAGACAUACAGAAGGCGAUCUCGCUGUGACCCUACAACUUCGACGUUGCUCAAUAAUCUUUCUAUACCAGAACAGCACAAUAAUGAAAGCAUUUCUUCUGGGCUGUCCAAUAAUAUGGAUGGACCUGUCACAAUGCCUAUAACGACUGUUAAAAUGCAAGACUAUCCGUCAAAGAAGUGGAUUGUUUUAACUGGCAGUGCAAGAAAGGGAAGGGCUGGACCACAAGUUGGCGCGGUUGACAUAGGCAUAAGCAGGAGUGCCUACUUCUUCCAAGUUGCUCUCCCUGGCGUUCGAACAGAUUUCUGUGAAUUCAGUUGUGAGAUAGAAUGGAACGGGAAGGUUGUUAUCCAAGGGACUGUGUCAGGUGGAGAGACAAUAAAGAAACGUUCGCGUGUUUUCCAGAUGAAGUAUCGAAGAUUGUGCCCAGCAGGUCCGUUUACAGUUUCGUUCAAUCUUCCGGGACCGGUAGAUCCAAGGUUCUUUUCACCGAAAUUCAGAAAUGAUGGCAUCUUUGAAGCAGUAGUUGUAAAACACAACGGUUCUGAUAAUAACUAGCUAAAGAGAGAUAUGGAAAGGAAAAAUAGAGUUUGUUCUGCUGUGGCAUAUCCAAAUGCUUUUGCCCUUGUGUUGUUUAUUGAAGACUUUUAUGGUCUAAAAGAUGGAGAACACUGGCAUAAUGGCAUUGGUGUGUAUGUAAAGUGUAAACAAAUAAUCAUGGUAUCGAGCUUCCACUCUUUAAUUUCUUA